AUGAAGAAUCUCAUGGCGAAGCAGGUGGGGCUUGUGCUCCUUCUGGCUGGAUUGGUGACUGGCGAAGCUCUCAAGAAUGAAGAGCGACUCUCUUAUAACGCAACCCAUCGUGAAGCUAGUAUUGGGAUGCUUUCAACCCGCGAUCUUUUUGGUCUCGACAAACGUGCCUGGGAAUGCAACCCGGGAUACAGCCAAUGUGUUUACGACUCAUCACGUUGCUGUCCAACAAGUGGUAGAUGUUGCACAACUGGAUACUGCGCUGACUCCGACGAAGUUUGCUGCCCUGUCAGAGGAACAUGUCCUAGCGGAUAUAACUGUUGUGGAGCCUAUAACUGCUCUCCUAAGAGUGGUGAAUGCUGCAGUGAUGGAAAAUACUGUCUCGCCGGCUACAAGUGUAUGAUCCAUAACGGCAAUGCGGUGUGCUGCCCAAAUUCGGGAUGUAUAGGAAGUUAUGAUUCAGGAGACGCUUCGAGUGGCUCUUCUGCAACGGAGACGGAGACGGAGACCCUGACUACUACAACGGCAACUUACCAAUAUCACUCAUAUUAUUAUACCACCUACUAUUGGACCUAUUGGUACUACUAUUGGACCUCUUUUGCCCCGUACACUGUGAGGACUGUCACCUCUACCGAGACCACAACUACAACCAUUUGGUCUGCAUUCGCAACCGCCAGCGCAGAGGCAAGCGAGUCUUUUGAGUAUUACAUCACCGCUAGGCUCACUCCGCCCUAUUCUGCUACCUCACUGAAGAGCUCCACCGACUCUGUUCCACUUUCGACAGACUCUAGUGACACUACUAGUGCAGUCACUGCCAAGGCUGCUACUACUACACUUCUACAUUCUGGUGGUGAUGACACCGGGUCCUCGGGCAACGGAGGCGUUCCUGAUGCAGCCGUUGCACGAUCUGUAAACGGUAUUUUACCAUUGAUUGGGGCUAUCGCUGCGUGUCUCAUUGGUGGUUUGGCCUUUGGACUGUGA